AUGCACGGCGUGCGUAGAGAGAUGACGGCAUCCACUUCGUUGAGUGUACUUCUUAGUGGUACGAUCGUUGUGCCAGGAUGGUUUUUUCUUGCCACGGCAGGUCUCUUUACGGCGGUGUUUCUGUUUAUGCCGUGGUCCACGAAUGCGGGGCAGUUCAUCUUUAUGUCGGCUUCGUUUUUAGUUGGGAUAUUGUCUGCGACGUUGUAUUGGUGGUCGUCCCGCAAGAAUUCUUUAUUGGUGGCGUUGCGUGAUGAGGCUACAGUGGAUCAGGCCAUUCUUCAAGACGGCGGCAGUGUUUUUUUAGAGAACCAUAGAAAUACUGGCAGCCCGUACCAACAACAGGGAAGGGGGCACCCACGACACGUGCAGUUAGUUUCUCGCGGUGCCAUUUCAAGCUGUUCAGCUGCUUCUUCGUGCUGGGUGUGGUGGCAUGAGGCUCUUCCGGCGAUGGAGUUGUGUAUUUUAGGCCUUCUUGUGAUCCUCUCCCCACACGUGAUGGCGACAAACGUGGGGAUUGCACAAAACAUUGUGUCACGUAAUGACGGCAGCUUCAAAGUAGUAAACAUAUACCCCGUGGUGAAUGUAUGGAAAGUGAACCUUCUACACUUUUGGUUUGUUUUUGCCUUUAACAUCCCCUUAGCCGCCGGAAUUACUGUUGGACUUGUUCACUUUGCGGUGCUGAUGGCGCACUUUAAAUCCCUGGAUCUUGGAACCAUAGUGGCCUCAUUGCUGUGGCUUCUGAUUUCCCUUAUAUGCAUCCCCGUCGUUGCCGUAAAACGAUUUCGGGAACGCUGUCGACGGCGAUGGAGCACAGGUCUGCUCUCUAUGAGUGGUGACAGUCCCAGCUCCAUCCCUCAUGCGUCCAGGGACGGGGUUUGUGAUGCAUCCAACAGGGUGGUAGCGUUGCCAUCUUCAACUCAUGCGGUGGGACACGAGGGGGACGGCGUAGGUGUCUUAUACGGCCGGGGAGUGCCGGUGUCUUCCUCCGAAGAACGCCCUCAUCUUUUUUUGUCGAUCCCCACAUCCCGAACGCAAGUUCCGUGGGGAACUCCCUCUAUCGGAAACGGUGCUCAGUUCAAUGAACCCCCUCGAUUAGAUGUGAUGCAGCAUGGGACAGACAGUAUGGCCCCAGCUGGGGAUCUUCGAGCAACGUAUCUUCUUCUUAGUUCAGGUGGAGGCGUCAUUCUUGGCGCAAGUGAGAGUUUUGCGGCUCAUGUCGGGCUAACGGUUAGAUAUCUUGUGGGUCAGAAGUUCAUGUCUGUUUUGAAGGAAUUAGAGGUGGGGAACGUGGCUGCAUUGAAAGAAACCAUCCAAAAGGUUGCUUUUCUUCAUGAUGAUAGCUUUAUUUUGGGAAAGGACGAAGAGGAGUGGGAUGAUCGAUAUUCGUGUAGUAGGAUUGGUGAUGGACGAUCUUCACAUACGGAACUGGGGACAAAUGCGGAUGCGUUUAUAGACUCUGACGGGGCGGAGUAUUCAACGGCAGGGGGCGAACAAACUUCUAUGCGCAUGGGUGAAGAUGCGACGGUGCGGCGUAUUUUGAUCCGAGGACGUCGUCCACGCCACCCAUCCUCAACAAUGGCUCCAUCAUUGAGUGAGAGGAAGGAACGCCCUGCGAAAAACGGCAUGGGCGGUGAUCAAAACGACCUUUUACCCGUGGAGCAUAUUCCAGGAGAAGCUGAAUAUUUUUCACUCUCGCUUGAUGUGUGGAAAGGAAGCCGAGACGAUUUCAAGAACUGCUUUCUCGUUCUUUGCCAGCCGCGUCUCCACUGUGUGCUGGACUGGAUGCCAUGGCCGUGUCUUUUAGUGCAUCCUGUGACAGGCUGCGUGCUGCACUGGAGUCGUGAGGCGGAGCGGCAAACAGGGCGACUGGCGUACGACGUGGUGGGAUUGCCGGCUCACGCGAGCCCCAUUCCAAACUUCUCGGGGCUGGUGAGUAGCUGCUGCGAUAUAAAGGAGGCUGGCGUAGGGGAGGUGGAACACGAGGGAAGACGAGGGACGCGGUUGGAGCCACCCAUUCCGGCGAUUCUUCACAUACCGUCCAGUCCAUCGCUCUCUUUGUCUGUGACAUUUAAACCGCUUACUGGGGACUUUGUUGAAGACGAGGGUGCGGCCUUGGAAGGCAGUGUGACCGGUCUUGCGAGGCCCUUGCAGCGUUCACCGUGGAAAGGGGAGAGACGUAACGCCUCUGAUAGUUGCCGGGCGUUAAGCUCUUCACUUGACUCCAGGGGUUUUUGUCGCGGGUCUCGUAAGGGCGAAGUGGCUGCAAACACAGCGUCAUUUCUGUCUCAAUGCAUACCUGAAAGUCUGCUCAAAAAUUGUGGCGACCCUGCCAAGGAGAGAGUCGGGUGUUGCUCUUCUGCGUUGGCGAGUAUGCAAGAAAGCGUCUCUGCAUGGGUCUUGGCGGGGGUGCCUCUGCUGUUUGUGAUACACGACGAAGUAUGCAUGCCUUUUGACAGUGCCACUGUGGGGCCGUGUGUAAAGCCAGAGAAUGACUUCAUACACGCCCCUGGUGGGGUUCUGUCUGAGCGUCGUGCAGCGUUGGAUGAACCACCACGCCCCGAUCCGAGGGAGAUGUUGCCCGCCUCUUCUGCAGUGCAGAAGGGUACAAAUGGUACCGACGGGACGAUUGCACCGCUGCACGGAGCCGACCGGGAAAUGGACCGACAGCCACACGAGACACCGUCGUUUCCAGAAGGACGAGAGACAAUAAAUGCGGUGGAGAAAGCAGAAACUGAGGGCGAACAACAAAACGUCUGCAAUAGUACCAUGAAUAUUAUUGGUAAUAAUGGCAACAGUCCCGGUGCAGAGGCCGCGGUGUCAGACGGGUUCUUGAAACAACCGCAGUUUUCCACACGCGCUGCUGUUGGACUCACACCGACCCCACUGUCGCUGCAGACGUCUAUUUACAAUAGCCAACGACAUUCGCCUUUCCAUGUCAAUAUGGGAAAAGUGAAUGUCACGGAAACUGAUUUUCCCGGCACGCACAGGGCCAGUAAUGGUGAGCACCAUGACACUCGUGGCAAUAGCAGCAAGCGCCGUGGGCAAAACGAUAGGGGGAGUAGGGGUCACCCACCACACACGCCGUUGAAUAGUCGGGAUACUAAGAACUUGAAAGCCGUGAUGGUGACACCGCUUGUCAGCCCACCGCCACAAGAAUGCCCGUCGAGCAGAAGCAUGAACGGUGUAGAUGCCCACGGCGAGAUUGCACUGUCAAAGGAUCAGGCGGAAUUGAAUCACCAACAGCAUCCCGAGCAGCUGUCAUAUCAACAGCAGAAGCAGCAGCAGCAGCAGCAAUCGUUGCAUCCACAGCCGCCCUUGACUAACUUCCCACCAGUUUCUUCCGCACCAGAGUCAACUGUACAGAGCGAUUUCAUUGCCUCCAUGGUUUCCAACGUGAAUGCCGCUGGUGAGGAAACACCGAUAUGGGCGAUGCUAAGAAGUAGUGACGAGACAACGAUUCCCUCCUGUUUUAUCCGUGUUCCUCCUGGAGAGGGGUUCCUCUUUGGCCGCAGUAGCAAGUGCCAUGCCACGACUUCGGAUGGCUUCGUCAGCAGCAUCCAAUUCAAAAUUGUACGACAACUACACUCGGAGGUUUUGUCGAUGCAGCCCACCAAUCAGCAGGAUAUAAAGAAGCAAAGUCUCUGCCUGAAUCACCUGCGCAACUCGACUCCUACCAGCCCACACAGUUGUCAUGCCCCGAUGGGAAACUGGGUGGUCACACUGUACGAUCAAAGUGUCAAUGGCACAUAUGUCAAUGUUAAGAAGGUGAGUAAAGGAAAGCAUUCUAUUUUGCGUGAUCAUGAUCUAAUUACGUUUAGAUUGAGCUCCUCCAGAUUCUUCUUGGGAUUUCAGUUUCUGCUGACGGACGAACGGGGGGUGCCACUCUCGGAGACUGCUGCUGCUGCUGUGCCGAUGGCGGUCUCCAGUGUGAGCUCAUCAGGGAUGCCAAGACGAGGGACGCUGCACCGUCGGCAUCCAACCUCUUCUGAAAGCGGGAGUUUGAUCGCGGUGAGCAGCAGCCAAUUGGGCGGGGUGUCGCACAGCAACAACGGCGGUGGUAGUGGCUGGCGUCUCGCGACUUCGACGAGAAGCCGAAGUGGCAGGCCGGGUGGCACAACAACACCGCAUCGUGAGACGAUUGAAUGGAAAAUUGGCGAGGAGAUGCUUGGUAAAGGGGGCAACGCGGAGGUCUUCCUUGGCAUCAACUUGACGAACGGAAAACUCAUAGCCGUGAAGAGAGUCCUACUGCCUACGGUCGCCCACGACGACCCAGACCACAAGGAUGUGCUCCAGCAGUACAGAAGUCUGCAGGAGGAGAUCAAGGUUCUCUCCCGGGCCGUGCACCCGAACAUUGUGCAGUACCUUGGAUCGUCUCAGAACCAAAAAUAUUUUAACAUUCUUCUUGAGUUUGUGCCUGGCGGCUCAUUGCGUCAUUUGCUUGACAACUUUGGGGCUCUUAGCCCAGGUGUGAUCUGUUCCUACUUGAGGCAAACACUGGAGGGUCUGCGCUACCUGCAUCAGCGCAACAUUGUACACUCCGACGUGAAGGCGGCCAAUAUACUCAUCACGGACAAGGGUCGUGUGAAGCUGUCAGACUUUGGCACCGCCAAGCUGCUCAACAGACAGCACAGUCAGUCCCUAGAUCGUGCCGGUAGGGCAGAGGCUGCAAACGGCAAUGACGCCACGACGUAUCGACUUGCGGGCACGCUACGGUGGAUGGCGCCAGAGUUACUCCGCGGCGAUGUUGGUCCCACGAAGGCGAGUGAUAUGUGGUCGGUUGGCUGCGCAUUAAUUGAGAUGCUUUCAACGGAGGCCCCAUGGAGUGAAUACGAAUUUGAAAGUGAGGAGCAGAUUAUGAAUUUACUCCGGUACACAACGGAGACCCCGGAGGUGCCGGAGUGCGCUGAGCUUCCCGAGUUAACGGCCAUCGCGAAGCGUUGUCUGACAAUCGACCCGGCCAGUCGUCCAACAUGCGAGGAGCUUUUGCAGUUGGUGGUGGAGGCGGAGGAACGGUGCCAGGAGCUUCAGUUGAUAUCCCCAUCGCCACGUGAUUUGUCUCCUUCUGCAGAAGCCAACGCUGCUCCAACGGACGCUGUUACUGGUGAUGCGUCCGUGAGGCGGAAUAGCAAGCGAAAGGGGAGGCCGUCGCCACGGCAUCGCGAUCCGCAGGAGGCGACAGAUGUGUGCGCCGCGACGAGUUAG